AUGGAUUUGUGGAAUCGGCUUAAACUUUUUCUUGAAAUAGACUUGUGGAAUCGGCUUAAACUUUUUCUCGAAACGGACUUGUGGAAUCAGCUUGGACUUUUUCUCGAAAUGGACUUGUGGAAUCGGCUUGGACUUUCUCUUGAAAUAGACUCAUGGAAUCAGCUUAGAUUUUCUCUCAAAACGGAUUCGUG